AUGAGUGGCUUCGGAGUCACUCGGUUGUUAAAAGAACGAAAGGCAUGGAGAAAAAAUCCUGCAUUUGGUUUUGUGGCUAAACCAGCCAAAACUAAAGAUGGCGCAUUGAACCUUAUGGUUUGGGAAUGCUAUAUACCGGGAAAAAUAGGUACUCCUUGGGAAAAUGGAUUGUAUUUCUUACGUAUGACUUUCGGGGACGGUUAUCCAUUGAAUCCACCACAAUGCAAAUUUGAGCCUGCAUUAUUCCACCCCAAUAUUCACAAUUCUGGUUUAGUCUGCUCAUCACUUUUGGACCAAGAUAAAGAUUGGCACCCAGAAAUUACUAUUAAACAGUUAUUGUUUGGGAUGCAACAACUUUUAAAUGAACCAAACAUCAGCGAUCCUGCUCAUUUUGAAGCCUCUAAUAUGUAUUGUAAAAAUCGUAAAGAAUAUUACAAACGUGUCCGAGCACAAGCCGCCAAAGCAAAUUCCAGAAAAUAG